AUGUCGCCUAGCAGCACGCAGAAGCGCGCCCCGCAGUCCACAGCUCCCACCUUCGCGAACCACGCGUCCGAAGACUUUGUGCAAGGCGCGGGCGUAGCAAUCUUCCACAUUGCGUCUGAGCGCGUAGUCGUGUGCAGCGCGGUAGAUAGGCGCGUGGGGAAGUACUACUUUUUGCCCAAGGGACGGCGGGAUGCGGGGGAAGAUACGCGGGCUGGCGCAGAGAGGGAGGGCUUCGAAGAAUCCGGCUACCGAAACCGCGUGCUUCCCCUUCCUACGAAGCAUCACCAGCCGCAGGCGCAUCCCCGCGUCUCAGCGCCCCCGAUGACGGCUGAGCCUAUAUGGAUUCAGUUGAUGCCGCUUGCGCGCAACACGAAGCAGUAUCUGCUCUACUGGUAUAUCGCGGAGACGCUUCCACCAGAUGUCGAACCCCUCUUAGAGACGCAGCCCAAUGAGCCGUAUAAGCAGCCGCCGGCAUAUCCUGCCAACUUGACGCUGAAGGAGAGAGUAGCGAUGGAGCCAGAGGGGCACGAGCCGAUACAUCACGAGGGGACGGGUGUGGAUGAGGAAGAGCAGGAAUAUGAGAGUCAGCUAGUGAGCGUGGAGGAGGCGAUGAGCUUGCUGGGGGGAACGGAUAGUGUUAUGGCGGAUGUGGUGAGGAGAGGGUGGGAGAUGAUCAAGGAGAGGUCGAGAAUGGAACAAGAGGGUCGGGGUGCUACGCUCUGCGAGGCCGACACACAUAGUCCGGAGCAGUUGGCAGAAGCUAAGCGGGACACCACUUUGAGGAAUCUCAAUUGA